GAAUCCCAAAUUUGUAAAUUGCCGGCCAAACCCACCUCACCAGAAUCCACAGAUCUACUUCUCCCCCCAAAUUCUAGGGUUUCACUUCCACUCCCAAACUGAUCCACUACAAUCAAACUCAAACAAUCUUCAAUUCAACCUCUGAAAGCCCUUGUUCUCUUUCCUCUCAACAAUGCAGAGCUCCCCAGACGCCAUACUAGACUGGCUCCAGAAAGAAAUGGGCUAUAGACCACUAGGACCCUACAUAGCAUCAACCAAGGCCUCAAUGCCACCACCCGAAUCAAUCCGAAGAGUCUGCAGAGGAAACAUGAUCCCAGUCUGGAACUUUUUACUAAAAAGAGUCAAAUCAGAGAAGACAGUUGAGAGUAUCAGGCGAAAUAUCAUGGUGCACGGCGAGAAGGACAAUGCGGGUGCUGCGGGUGGUGGUUCGGAGACGGUGAAGGGCGGGCGGAGCAGAGGAGGGAGGAAGAAGGAGAAAACUGUGGGGAAUUUGGGUUCAGGGGAUGUUGGGAGUAGAGAAUUGGCUUUGCAGGAGAGGGAAUUGGCUGAGAAGGAGGUGGAGAGGUUGCGGCAUAUGGUGAGGCGCCAGCGGAAGGAGUUGAAGGCGCGGAUGCUCGAGGUUUCGCGUGAGGAGGCGGAGCGGAAACGGAUGCUUGAUGAACGGUCGAAUUAUAGGCAUAAGCAGGUGGUGUUGGAUGCAUAUGAUCAACAGUGCGAUGAAGCCGCAAGAAUAUUUUCAGAAUAUCAUAAGCGACUUAGAUCCUACGUUAAUCAAGUCAAAGACGCUCAAAGAGUAGACAAAGAGUCAUCAAACGAAGUAGUAACCAGUUUCCAAACAGACAACGAAAAAGGAGACGUUUAUUCAACUGUCAAAGGGUCAAAACCUGCAGAUGAUGUAAUUCUUAUUGAAACAAGUAGGGAAAGAAACAUCCGAAAGGUGUGCGAAUCACUUGCGUUACAAAUGAUUGAAAGGAUUCAGAAUUCGUUUCCUGCGUAUGAAGGAAUCGGUAUCCAUUCGAACCCUCAAAUAGAAGCUGGAAAGUUAGGUGUUGAUGUUGAUGGAGAUGUACCGGAUGAUGUGCUUGAUGUGAUUCGUAAUUGUCUUAAAAGUCCGAACCAGUUGCUUCUUGCUAUAACCACGUACACUCAGAGGUUGAAAUCUUUAGUCUCUAAAGAAAUCGAGAAAAUUGACGUUAGAGCCGAUGCAGAUAUGUUAAGGUACAAGUAUGAAAAUAACAGAGUGAUGCAUGAUUCUUCUCCUGACGUGAACUCACCGUUGCCGUUUCAACUAUACGGUAACGGAAAAAGUGGGAUGGAUAUGCCUUCAAGAGGAACGCAAAAUCAACUUCUUGAAAGACAGAAAGCACACGUUCAGCAAUUUGUUGCUACCGAAGAUGAACUCAACAAAGCUGCAGAGGCUAGAAGCACAUGCCAAAAGCUUUUAAAACGCUUGUAUGGAAGUGUUGACUUUGACCCGUCACACCCUCUCGGUGUUGGUGGGACCGCACAGACUAUGAGUAGUCUAAGACAGCUAGAGCUGGAUGUUUGGACAAAAGAAAGAGAAGCGGCUGGAUUAAAGGCGAGCUUGACAACGUUAAUCUCUGAAGUUCAACGUUUAAACAUGUUGUGUGAAGAGAGAAGGGAAGCUGAAGAUUCGUUAAAGAAAAAAUGGAAGAAAAUUGAAGAGUUCGAUGCUCGAAGAUUAGAACUCAAGUCUAUCUAUAGCGCUCUACUUAAAGCAAACAUGGAUGCUGCUGCAUUCUGGAGUCAACAACCCAUAGCUGCUAGAGACUAUGCAUCAAGUACCAUUAUUCCAGCUUGCAACGUUCUUAUCGACAUAUCAAAUAACGCAAAGGAUCUUAUCGAUAAGGAAGUUUCCGCUUUUUAUCGAAGUCCUGAUAAUAGCCUUUACAUGCUUCCAUCAACCCCACAGGCACUUUUGGAGUCUAUGGGUCCCACUGGUUCAACCGGACUUGAUGCGGUUGCUGCUGCCGAAAAGAGUGCUGCGCUUUUGACCGCCAGAGCAGGUGCAAGAGACCCAUCUGCAAUUCCUUCUAUAUGUCGUGUUUCUGCAGCCCUUCAGUAUCCUGCAGGAUUGGAAGGUUCGGAUGCUGGGUUAGCCUCGGUGCUGGAAUCAAUGGAAUUUUGUUUGAAACUGAGGGGUUCCGAAGCUUGUGUGUUAGAGGACUUAGCAAAGGCGAUUAAUUUGGUUCAUAUACGAAGGAAUCUUGUUGAAAGCGGUCAUGCGUUGUUAAAUCAUGCCUAUCAUGCUCAACAAGAAUAUGAAAGGACAACAAGUUACUGCUUAGAACUGGCAUCAGAACAAGAAAAAACAAUCAAUGAAAAGUGGUUGCCGGAGCUAAGAAACGGGGUUGUGAACGCUCAGAAGAGUCUCGAUGAUUGCAAAUAUGUCACAGGGUUGCUGGAGGAAUGGUGGGAACAGCCAGCGUCAACGGUUGUUGACUGGGUAACUGUGGACGGUCAAAACGUGUCGGCCUGGAAUAACCAUGUGAAGCAACUCCUUGCUUUUUAUGACAAGGAACUUUUGUGACCAGCAGUUGCUAGUUAUGGAUAGAAGUUUCGUAAUGCGUGGUGUUAUACUCUCUUUUGGUUACGUUGUAUAGAUGUUGCUUGCUGUGCAAGUAUUCAUGUAUGAUAAUGUAGUUUAUUGUGAGCGGUUUCUUAUGGUGUUACUGUUGUUAUAAUAUUAAAUAGCCAACAUUAUCGUUUGCUUGAUUUAAGGUUUGUAUUCAGUUCAUUUUUGUAA